AUGAAGGGUAUGACCGGACGAAUUAUCGAAGACGAUACUUCCGAGCAGCCUUUUCGAGUAAAGCUCCGAAACGGGAAGCUCUCCUGGUUCAAGGAAGCCUGGAUAGAGGACGUCAUCCUCUUCGAGCUCAUCGUCGUCUUCUUCAGACUCUUCCGGCGAGUCGGCCCAGGACGAGGCAGCGAUCAGAAUCGAGCGCUUGAGCUCCUGGAACACGCUGUGGCCUUCGCAUGGGAGAAAACUCCAAAGAACCUGCCAGCAGCUGGCCUGGCUGCCUAUGCCCUCAACGGGGCCGGGAGCAUCUCGCCACUUGCCGCCGAGGUGGAGACGUUCCUGGCGACUGCAAAUGUUGAUGGAGAGGCCGCUCAACGCUUGCGAGUCAUGCCUGCCCAUCAGCAACGAAUGGUCAUGGAUCGCGGGCCAAUAGCUGGAAGCAGAGCACCUGCAGGGGUGCUGGUCGCUCGAAUCCGCGAUGCUGAGCUGGGACGUGCAGGGCCAGGAGCCUUGGGUGCAAUUCCAAUGAACGGUGGCCCGCCAUCUUCCAAUCCUGAGAUUGAGAAGCUGAUCUCAAAGCGGCGACCCCAACUUGCUUUAGCUUUACCCAAAGGAUGUACAAUGAUUCGACAGGUGGAGCUUGGAUGUCAAGGCCUCAUGGAUGUUGCGGAGCUUGCCACCCGCAUGUAA